CAAACGGUAAUCCAACUUUUACAAUGUCUACUUUUGUCGAAUGUUACUGAUAUGCGGUUAUGUGCACUGUUAAAUCUAAUUAAAAAUGAAAUGCGAUGUGGAGUAAAAACGAUUGCUUGAACCACUCUAAUAUUUCCUACAUCAAUCUAUAAGUUAUAUCUCAAAUUCUCAUACAUUCACAGGAAUGGUCGAGGUAAAGGAAAGCCAAACCGCUGCUUUUCUCAAAUCAAAAAUAUUGGACACUUUGGCUGAGUACAAUGUACCAAUAGAAAACAUUUUCUCAGUCACGGUGGAUAACGGAGCGAACAUGGUGGCCGCCGUUAACAAAUUAAGGCAGGAAUUGGAGCAGACAUUAAUAGAGAAAAUUGAGGAAGAGGACAUCAAGGAUGAUGAAACCGGAACACCAGGGCGAGAUAUAACUGCAGAGUUGUGUGUCGAAUUCCACGAGCGAAUCAACCUCGUGAGGUGCUCGGUGCACACUCUGCAGUUAGCGAUCCUCGAUACGGUAAAUAGGUCGCACGAUGAAGUGAAAAGCCUUACGGAGCUGGCGAGGAAGACCAAAAACGUUCGAUAUCAAACGAACUUUGAUCACCAUAAUGCUUCACACCCUCCAAUUUGGAACCAGACCAGAUGGUGCGGUAUCUUCGAAAUGGUCCAGUCUUUCAAGAUUCAAAGACCAUUUUUCGAGCAACUGGCUGCUCAGUUUCCUGAGCUUGAUCUUACUGACCACUGGAACUUCAUUGACAACUAUUAUGAAGCAUUCAAGCCCUUGUACAUUUGUACGAAGAAAAUGCAGGCUGAGCAUGUAUCUUUGCCUGACUUUUACAUGUUUUGGCUGAUGGCAAUCAGUGAGGUUCGGAAGAUGCAGAACAAUCCAUUUGUUCCUGGACUGUUGAAUUCGCUGACAACAAGACUGGCAAAUCUUCGAGGAUCAAGGGCCUUCAAAAUAUCGCUUUUCCUUGAUCCGCGAUUCAACUAUCGCGGUUCGAAGAAGAAAGUUGAGAUACAGGGGUACAUCAAUGAGACGUGGCAGCGAAUCCGUCAACUACAAACGCCAGCAUCAGGAUCCAACAUCGGAAACGAAUCGCUGACGGGAUCCGAAAACAACGACGACUUUGAUGAAUAUUUGACAGAGAUGUUCGGAGGUUCCGUUAACAUGGAUGGUGAGCCAAGCGAAACGAAAUUUCUGCAGCAGCUUCAGUCGCUUGAUUUGGAACCACGGCAAAAUUAUAAUUAUAACGUAUGGGAUCACUGGCUGCGUAGAAAAACAACGCACCCAGAGCUGUACGCGGUGGCCAUGGUCGUGUUAUCGACACCUUCCAACCAGGUGUCGGUUGAAAGGGCAUUCAGCGUUCUGGGACUUGUGCUGAGCAACCUUCGCACCCAACUAGCAGAGGACACCUUGACCAAUAUACUGUUGGUUAAGUUGAACAAAGCCCUGUUCCCGCAAGCUAUUGCGACGGCAUACAACUGGAAGGAAGUCGAGCGAAAUCAGGCUGCCUUAUGAUUGAUUGAUUUUUUGUUACUCAUGUAUAUUUCAAUAAAUAAAACUUCAAAGACACGAUGUUUUCAUAAUAUUCUUGUAGAUAUUUUUAUUUGAAUACUAGCUGUCCCGACAAACGCCGUACUAGGGUAUUGUACCAUUUGACCAGGUGUACCUAUUUUGGGCACUUGCC